AUGGAGGAUUUCAGAUCCAAAUCUUGCAGGGAACAGAGAAUGCAGAUUGAAACCUACAAUGAGAACAGGAUUGCUCCAACAAAUAUGCAAGAUCUAAGGUCUUACAGUGUGAGCUAUGGAAGUUCCUUUCAGCAGAAUCAAUCAAACAGAGAGGUAAAGAUGAAGAAAGGCAAAAGCAAUUUUGGGUCAACUUCUAAAAGCUGGAGUUUUAAGGAUCCAGAAUUGCAAAGAAAGACGAGGGUCGCUGGAUAUAAGGUUUAUGCAGUGGAAGGGAAGAUGAAAGGGUCUUUGAGAAAGAGUUUUAGAUGGAUCAAGAACACUUACACUCAAGUAGUGUAUGGAUGGAGGUGA